AAACUACAGCAUGAGCUCCGAGAAUCAGAUGAAGAGGUCCUCUUCAGGAGUUUGGAAACUCUGGUUGAUGGCUUAGUAAACUCCAAUGUGACUCAAGAUCGACGCAAUGAGCUCAUGAAUAUAUCCUUGGCAAGUUUCCUUUGCUUGGCUCUAACUCUGCAACAUGACGACGAUUCUGUGACAACAUUCGCAGGUCGGGCAGUCUGUGCCUUGGAAGAAUUGACCCAUUCAGCUUACGGUGUGAUACUUCAAUCUAACCAACUUCCAUUCCUCAGGACUGCCGGGCCAUGUUGCUCAUUCCUCAGGAGUCUAACCAUGUUUAACCAAAAAAUAAGAUCAGGAACUGCUCGAAAUCAGUCUAGAGUGGGAUAUUCCGAAUACGUCCAAAGAAAUUCAUCCUCCGCUGUUGGUAGAUAUAGUCUACUCUCUCCCGUUGGGAGCACAAUACUUUGGAUAAUGCAAUUUUAUGGUAUGGAGGAGUAUAGAGUAGCUGCGUUAGCUGCUUGGGAGUGUAUAUCAGCACCUACAGAAGCAAGUAUUGGUCGAUCUUCAUCAGCUUACAGAGGGUCUGCGUCUCGCAAUACACGAGGAGGACACUGGGGGCCAAAUGAUGAUCAAGGACCCAUUCAAGCCGAGGUGUGGAGAAUGAAUUUAUCCGAUGACAGUGCAGAGGUACGUCGGAUGGCCUUGAGAAUCCUUCAAGCUCACAAAAAAUUCCGGAGCACAGCCUGCUGUCUAGAUGUUCCACCAUAA